AUGCUCAGCUCGUCGACGAGGGACGCCGCGAGGAGCGGCGGGGAGCUCCCUCGGACGCACGCGACGUGGAUGGCGCGGAGCGGGGAGCUGCCCAAGGGCGGCUCCGCGGGCCCUCCCCCCGCCGCGGUGCGGCACGAGGGGUGGAUGGUGCGCCACGGCCGGAGGAAGAUCGGGAGGUCCUUCUUCCACACGCGGUACUUCGUCCUCGACAACAGGGUGCUCGCCUACUACAAGAAGCAGCCCAGGGACAACAUGAUUCCACUCAAGUCAAUUAUUAUUGAUGGAAACUGCAGAGUGGAGGAUAGAGGUCUUAAAACACAUCAUGGUCAAAUGAUUUAUUUGAUAUGCAUUUACAACAAGAAAGAAAAGGAGAAUCAAAUCACGAUGGGUGGAUACAAUAUUCAAGAUACCCUAGCCUGGAAGAGGAAGAUAGAGCUUCUGAUUGAUCAGCAACAGGAUACUACGACAGCUAAACACCGUAAAGCUUUUGCUUCGUUGGAUUUUGACAUAGAUCUUGGAGGACCAUUUUCGUUCUCUGAUCAUGACAGCAGACCUGGAGAUGAAGAUGAAGAUGAAGAAGAGCCCCAGCCCACCUUGCUUCGUAGAACAACUAUAGGGAACGGCCCUCCUGAAUCUGUACUUGACUGGACCAAAGAGGCUGAUAUUGGGCUGUCAAAUCAGAUUGACAUGAGUCAGGCUUACUCCAGAAAGAACUGGAGGCUUCUUAGAUGCCAGAAUGGAUUGCGCAUCUUUGAAGAACUUGUGGAGGUUGAAUACCUUGCAAGAAGCUGUAGUCGAGCAAUGAGGGCUGUCGGAGUGGUGGAAGCCUCAUGCGAGGCCAUUUUUGGGCUUGUAAUGAGUAUGGAUGUAACACGAUAUGAAUGGGAUUGUAGCUUCCAAUAUGGGAGUUUAGUUGAAGAGGUUGAUGGUCAUACUGCAAUACUGUACCAUCGUCUACAACUGAAUUGGUGUUCAAUGUUGGUCUGGCCCCGAGAUCUUUGUUAUGUACGAUAUUGGCGGCGCAACGAUGAUGGAAGCUAUGUUGUGCUGUUUCGAUCUACCGAACAUCAGAACUGUGGCCCUCAACCAGGAUUUGUGAGAGCUUCUAUCGAAAGUGGAGGUUUCAAGAUUUCCCCUCUCAAAAGCCUCAACGGGAGACCGCGCACUCAAGUUCAACACCUUAUGCAAAUUGAUGUUAGGGGAUGGGGCGUGAACUACUUACCAUCAUUCCAGUACCACUCUUUGUUGCAGAUGCUGAACUGUGUUGCUGGAUUGCGUGAAUAUUUUUCGCAAACAGAUGAAAUUCGUACAGUUCCAAGGAUUCCGGUGAUGCAUACCAUGGUUAAUGCGGUCCCAAUGAAGAAGGACCAGAACCUUCAAGAACCUGAGUCGAAGACCAAACAAACUGAUAGCAAACAUUUGGAUAUGGUAGAUGAAGAGUCGGAAGAUGACGAUGACUAUCAAGUUCCUGAAGCUGAUUUGGAGGAAGAACCUACCAAAUCCGACAGUGAUGCUAAGAGCUCAGACCCAAUAGAUUUGUCUUGGUUUUCGGGCAUUAUUCGUCAGGAUACAAAUGAGAAAAGUCGUAACUGUUGGGCAGUACCUGAUAGCAAGAUCUUUAAAGUUCGUAGCAAGACCUUUCCACAUGACAAAUCAAAGGUACCAGCAGGGAAGUAUCUUAUGGAGCUCGUAGCGAUUGACUGGUUUAAAGACACCAAGCGUAUGGAUCACGUUGCUAGGCGGAAAGGAUCUGCGGCUCAGGUUGCUGCUGAUAAGGGAAUGUUCACUUUCCUGGUAAACAUACAAAUUCCUGGACCAAGUCAUUACAGCUUGGUCCUUUAUUUUGUCUCAAAUUCCUUGGAGAAAGGAUCACUGUUGCAGCGUUUUGCUGAUGGCGAUGAUGAUUUUCGAAACAGCAGACUGAAGCUUAUCCCAUCUGUUCCAAAGGGGUCUUGGAUAGUGCGGCAAAGUGUUGGAAGCACACCUUGCUUACUGGGGAAAGCUGUGGACUGCAGCUAUUUGCGUGGUCCUGACUACUUAGAAGUGGAUGUAGAUAUUGGUUCAUCAGCGGUAGCCAAUGGGGUCCUGGGCUUGGUGUUUGGUGUUGUUACCACCUUGGUAGUCGACAUGGCGUUUCUUAUACAGGCAAACACAUACGACGAGCUCCCAGAGCAGCUCCUAGGCGCUGCGCGGCUAUCACACAUAGAACCUUCCGCAGCAGUGUAUCCUGACCUUGAAAACAUUUCCUGA